AGUCGCCUAGGUACCAGCCGCGCUUGAGGAGCUCACCACACCGCCAUCGCCUGGACCGGAGCGCUGAGCGCCGCACGCCGUCGCCGUAACCAGCUCAUGGGUGCUGUGUUAGCUCGGGACAGAUGAGAUCUCGGGGCAGAUUUGGGGCUUGGGGCUACAGAUUACCAGAAAGAAUGAAUACAGGCCAAAGAUCACAAUGCAAUCAGGUGGGCGGAACAUGAUUGAUCUGGACCGCAGAUUUCGGAUCGGACGCCAGUUUCCAUGCCCCGAGUAGCCGGGUCUCAACCACGCCGCCUCGUUCAUCUCCAAAGUCUCAACCACGCCGCCUCAAGGCCUCUCCCCCCAUACCAUCUGUUCAUCUCCCCUCAACCCCGCCCCGUCUUGCCUCCGUGGGGCCCUCCCGAACUUGCGCAACGAGAUGCUCCACUCACGGCGGAAUCUGUACCGUAGCUCCCGAUCUGCUUACGAAUCCUUCCCGAUGGCAAGGAAUAUUGCAGUGCAUGGCCAAAUGAACGGGGCAAGCCGAUUGGGCCCAGCCACCUCCCUUAUGGCAAUGCAUUUUUCUGCACCUCCAGUAAUCCUCUGGGCGAACAAGUUGGCAUCAUCAAAGGGAAGGAUGGAGCAGAAACGAGUAGGGAAACCAAGAAGCUCAACGUGCCAUCAGCCUUCAUCUUUACAAAUAGUAGCCAUCGCGAUGGGUCUAUAUACAAGAACUCGUGUCUCGACAUAUUUCGCGUCAAAUACCGUGGUGAGAGGAUCUCUCAUUGAGAUGACUGGCCCUAAGAGGGGCAUCACAAUGACCAGCCCUGUUCUAGUUGAGUAUGACAUGAGGAUCAAGAAAGGGGAGCAAGAAGAAUAUGAUCUACAAUUAAUUGAUGGUGCAACAGACUUCUGCGAAGUAACCACACCUUCUCAUCCAUUCACGAGUCGGAUUAAUGGCGAUUGUGGUGCGGUUGACAUCACUUUAGCACACGUUGUCAAUGCAGUGGAGGCCACAAUAGAUGUUAUCGUAUCAGAAGUGCGGAGUGGAUUCAAUUUAUCUCUCAGUUUGUAUGUGUUUGUAGGUGGGUCAUAUCAGGGAAUCGAGCUCCUGUGUGACAUUAUUGGUGAGUCAUGUGUCAUAACAAGAAGAUAUGUGAUUGCUGUAGAGAUGGAUAGUUGGAUGCAUUUGAAGCUCAAGGUAGGCCAGGAAGGGUCUAAAUAUGGUGAACGUCAUUGUCGUUUCAAAGCAAACCUCCAUGAAUUUGCGCGUUGACAAAUACUGCUUGAGCA